GCGUACGCAGCCGCUGGUGGCAGCAAUGGCGGCCGCCGUGGACCCGGAGGUGGAGGACCCGCUGUGGAGCUUUGUGCGGGUUCUGGAGAAGCGGGACGGGACGGUGCUUCGACUGCAGCAGUACGGCUCGGGAGGCGUAGGUUGCGUUGUGUGGGAUGCCGCCAUCGUCCUUUCCAAAUACCUGGAGACGCCGGGGUUCUCUGGCGACGGGGCCCACGCGCUGAGUCGCCGCUCGGUGCUGGAGCUGGGCUCGGGCACCGGGGCCGUGGGGCUCAUGGCCGCGACCCUCGGGGCAGAUGUUGUAGUCACUGAUCUUGAGGAGCUGCAGGACCUGCUGAAAAUGAAUAUUAAUAUGAACAAGCAUCUGGUGACCGGCUCUGUUCAAGCCAAGGUACUGAAAUGGGGGGAAGAACUAGAAGACGUGACUUCGCCGGAUUACAUAUUGAUGGCUGACUGCAUAUACUAUGAAGAGUCCUUGGAACCAUUGCUGAAAACAUUAAAAGAUCUCAGUGGAUCUGAAACUUGUAUCAUAUGUUGUUAUGAACAACGUACAAUGGGGAAAAAUCCAGAAAUUGAGAAAAAAUACUUUGAGCUCCUUCAACUAGACUUUGACUUUGAGGAAGUUCCUUUGGACAAACACGAUGAGGAAUACCGAAGUGAAGACAUUCAUAUUAUAUACAUCAAAAAGAAGCAACCGAAACUGCCAUCAUGAAACCCUUUUCCGUCUUAGCCCCGCCCCUGACACCCUGGGUGAGGCCCAGAUGUGAAUGGAGCAUGUGCGUACAGCAUGGAAGAUUGCACUACAGUUUCUCCAGCAUGUCCUUGGAUGACGACCACCGCGGACUGCCCCAGUGUGAAACGCCUGCCUGCCCUGGGCUGAAAUCUAGCUAGGUUACUUAGCUCAGCACCGGGUCUGCUUAAAAGAAACAGUGGGAUGGAUCACUCAAAUAAAAAUACAUUUCAGGUUAGCCUCAAGCAUGGUUGAUUCGGCACGUUUUCAAGAAACUAGAGAUAAGUCGCUCCAGUUCCUAAUACCUGCUACUCUAUAGCAGUGUUCUGAGGACUGGUCAUGGUGGCCCACGCCUUUAAUCCUAGCACUGGGGAGGCAGAGGCAGGCACUCUGAAUUACAGACCAGCCUGGUACACAGAGCCAGUUCCAGGAAUAAUGAGACCCUGUCUCAAGAAAGAAAGAAACUAGAGAUAAGUCAACUCAAUUAGUAAUCAUAAUUGUAAUUGUCUCUUACUGUAUAAUGCUUAACUUAGAAGCAGUAAAUUUCAAUUUGUGUUUGAAGUAAAUCCCAAAGACAGUCAGUCACACUUUACAUAGUUGUGUAGUAAUGAUUCUUUUUCUUCUGUCUUUAAUACUUACAUGUUCUUUUAAAAGAAACUGCAAAUAUUAUUUUGCUUCUUUACUGGCUAGUGUUUUCUUUUCCUCCAUCACAGGUAGGUGAGUGAUUUUGAGAGUUAAGGGCACUGUGGUGAGUCUAAGACAGAUGCUGUCUCUGAAGGAAGGCAUGAGCAGAGAGCCAGUGCAGGCUUCCGUGCUCACAUGGUUCAGCAGUCUCUCGUAUAUACCGUCCAAGAAAAUCUGAUUUGAAAAUACCAGUAUUAAGACAUCAUGUUUAUAUGAAACUGAUUUUUUUUGAGUAACUAAAACUUAGUUCAGUGUACAUUUAUCAAAUGCUUUUUGCUGGUUGUCUCAUUUUUGUUCCAAUCUGCUCACAUAGACUAAUCUGUCAAUGACUUGAACAACACUACCAGUUCCAAAAAGUAGUAACCAGAUGGAAUUCUGGAAUUUUCAGUCAUUGGUGCUAGAUGGCACAUUUCAUGUGUUGGAAUAAACAUCAUGUUU